UCCGCAUUUUGUCGUGACGUGUCGUGUCUCGUGUGAAAACGCUCUUUUUAGCAGUUCUGUUUUUAUUGUUGGUUAACAAUGAAUAAGGAAAAAGACAAUGGUGGUUAUCAGAUUCAGUAUCAGUUAUGACAUGAUGACAUCUUUGUUAUCAAUGACUAGAAUUUGAGAUGGUCGAGAGAAAUUUAAAACCUAAUCUUUUACGACUACAACUAAAAUGAAGGACAAUAAAAAAAUAGUGCUUAAAGACAACGGAGAGCCUCAAUGUCAAUAUUUUGUUUUGAGGAAGAAAAGACUUUGUAGAAUGACAGUAAGGCCUGGUAAACAAUAUUGUGGUGAGCAUGAACCUCAACCGACUGCCGGCGAUGAUCAGGAUACAAAAAGGAUACCUUGUCCUAAUGAUCCGAAACAUACAUGUUAUGCAAGCAAACUGGAAAAACACUUAAAAAUUUGCAAUGCCAGACACCAAGAUGGGCCAGAAUAUAUCAUACAUAAUGUGAACCUCGGAUCCUCAGAGGGAGACUACCAACACCGGCCCCUCACACAGGUGCCCCCGGAGACCCUGAUCGGAGUUGUUGACAAAAUUAAUUCCUUCUACAAUGAGUAUCUGAUCGACAGCAUAACGGAGGCGACUGAAAAACCUAUUCACAGCAUUGUGAUGGAGGAGUUCAGCGAGGAUGGGAGGUCGGAGAGUUCCCGGCGGCACCUGCGGCAGGUGUCCAGCCUGCUCCACCUGGUGGAAGGUGCCGGCCUCGUGCAACCCAACACCUGCUAUAUCGACCUGGGCGCCGGAAAAGGUCAGCUGGGCGUGUACGCGUGCCGCACGUGGACUGCGGGCGGCGGCGCCGGCGGCGGCGGCGUGGUGCUGCUGGAGCGUGCGGCGCUGCGACACAAGCGCGACCGCCUCGCCGCGCCCGCCCCCCGCGACUCGCCCGCCCCCCGCGCCUCGCCCGCCCCCCGCGACUCGCCCGCGCUCACGCGCCUCCGCCACGACCUGGCGCACGUGUCCCUGGCGCACGUGCCCGCCGUGCGCGCCGCCGACAACGUCGUGGGACUCGCGAAGCAUCUGUGCGGCGCCGCCACCGACUUUGCGCUGCGCGCGCUGGUGGCGGCGCAGGAGGCGGGCGGGGAGGGGGCGGGGCGCGUGGCGGGGGCGGUGCUGGCCACGUGCUGCCACCAUCGCGUGCACCCCGCCCACUACGUGGCCACGCACACACUGCAGACGCACGGGUUCGGCGCCGAGGAGUUGGACGUGCUUCUGGGCGUGGUGUCGUGGGCCACGUGCGGCGGCGGGGGGGCGGGGCGGGCGGAGACGGGGCGCCGCGCGAAGGCGGUGCUGGACUGGGGCCGCGUGCAGUACCUGCGCGAGCGCGGAUUCAGGGCGCGGCUCGUGUGGUUCGUGUCGCCGCGCGUCACGCCCGAGAACGUAUGCAUCGUGGCGAGCCGCGAGGCGGCCGCGCCGGCGCGGUGACGCACCUACUGUAUUAUAGUCGGCCUCACUUCGUCUUACGAAUUAUAUUUUUCUAAGAUUUUUGUUUUCGAUAAUUAUAAUUUAAUUAUUAUUUACGUUGCGAUUAAAAAUUUGUAUCUCU